AUGAAGCUAAACAUAUAUACUAACAUAAUCAUAUCAAAGAUUUCUGCUAGGUCUUCUUUUAAUAGACGCAAUAUUUGUAAAACGUUGGCUAUUAAGCAUCAACUGCAAUUAAACGACAUAUUUACCAAGUUCUUAUUGUGUAAUAACCUUGUUAUAGGUCCUAGUAAAAUAUUACAUUGCUCAAAAUAUAACUUAAUAAAAUCUGAACUCAAUCUUAGUACUGAAGAAACAUUGAUUCGUAUAAGUUGGGCUGAACUUAAAGGAACACGAUACAAAGUGAAUAGUAUUUUGACGAGAGACUUGGAUGAUGACAACCCACAAUUUGUAUAUUCUGUUAAAAAUAUCUAUAUGUAUGGAUCUGAAAACAUCAUUUUUGAGUGUAAUUUAUUAAAUACUGUAGGUUUUAAUGAACAUUUGCAUGCUUUUGAAAUAGAAAUACCAGUAUCAAAUAUGUGUUUCAUUUACCAGGAUUCAUUAAUAUCUCCCAUACCAAACACUUUGAAUGUAACUCCAGAUGGAGUAAGAUAUGUGACAGUUCGAGACCCAUUAUAA